AGCAGAGCGCUGAGUAUGGAACGCACCAUCCUACUUCACGGAUAUUAUUGGUCGUGCAUAAAGAAAGACAAAGAAGUUUAUCGAGCAAUGCCACAAAUGCCAACUGAAUGUGCGUCAACAUCACACGAUGUCUACCGAUCUCCCGAGAAACGUCAAUCCUUCCUUCGCAUAAUGGGGUGUGGAUCUACUGGGGCCAUUCCCAACUGCGAGAGGCAAACGCAAAUACAUCAUUAUCGCGAUAGACUACUUCACCAAACGGAUUGAAGAAGAGGCGCUGGCAUCAAUAACCGCCCAACAGGUAGUUCACUUUUUGAAGAACAAUAUACUCACCAGAUUCGGGGUCCCAAACUCGUUCAUAUUUGACCACGGCAAACAAUUCGACUGCGCGGAAGUCAUAGACUUCUGCGAUGAAAUGGGCAUCAUAGCCCGAUUUGCGUCAGUCGCGUACCCCCAUGGUAAUGGACAAGCGGAAGCGGCAAACAAAUCAAUCCUACAUGGCCUCCACACUUUCCUCGGAGAAGCAAAGGACAACUGGACAGAAGAGCUACAUACAGUCCUGUGGGCACACCGUACAACGUUCAAAGUGGCAACGGGCGAAACUCCAUUCGCGCUAACCUACGGAAGUGACGCGGUCAUACCAAUCAAGACGACGGUACCCACAUACCGUAUCACUAUGUUCAACGAAGCGCGACCCACAGAGCUUGACCUGAUUAACGAGCGCCGAAAGCUGGCCGCUAUCAAACUGGCCGCGACAAAGGCGCAAGUUGCGAGGUACUACAACGCCAAAUUGGUUCCGCACAACAUUAAAGCACGAAAAGUGUUGAGGCGCAAUUUUUACCCCGAUGCAAAGCACGGAAAGUUGGCAUCAACAUGGGAGGGUCCCUACUUAAUUCGCGAAGUUGUCGGCGCCAACACAUUCAAGCUAAGCGCGCUAAGCAAGGAACCAAUCCCGCGGACGUGGAACGCCCUAAAUAUGAGGAAGUACCACAGGAGUUCAUAACCACUAUUUACAUGUACCCCUGAUGUUCUGUUUUAUACAAUGAAAAUUUCUUUUUCCCCUACUACUGCGCAACAAUGUGGGGCAACACAACAUUUCGUCACACACGACCGCUAUGAAAAUAGUAAUGUAACCGCGCAGUCAUGAACUACGCUAAACAAACAAGCACUCAUAUAAUUUGCAAGAAAAUCACGCAACCAUGAGUUGCAACAAAGAAACAAAUAAAGCUACAAGAUAGCAACGUAAUCGCGCGAUCAAGAAUAAGAGGGGCACACAUUACGCAGUCACGAGCUGUAAGGAAAACAAAAAAGGAACGAAACG